AUGAUAUUCCAUGCGAUUGUUUUGAUACUGCUGACUAAUCCAGUUCAGCGAGCUGAUGGCCUUCGAAUGCCACUUAAAAUUCCUGUAGAAAUAAGGUUUGAUGAUUUAGACCAAUUUUUCAUGCCAAUGAACUGUUCACAUGCCAGUUUCAUUCCAUCAGCUAAAUUACAGGAUGAGACAUGGCGAAGAGGACAUUUGCUCUAUAAAUGUGGGAUCUUUGGUGCUUAUAAAAUAAUUGGCUGCGUAACAAAUGAGAACAAAACUUUGAAAAUUGGUGAGACGUUUGUGGAAGAUAAUGUCGCUCACCAGUGUUUCAACAAAUCUGGCAGUGUUUUUUACCGAGAGAUUAUCUGUGGAUUGCUUGGACAGCCUGACUGUGAUAAACUCACAUUUGUAAGUGUGCAAAUGAAUAAAUUCAAACUCCUGACAAAUUUAAAUUCUUUAAAGUGCACGAUAUUUCUUACAGUCGAUUGCCAUUUGAUAACUGCCUAUUCGAUUCUAAAUAACCCAAUAAAAGCAGAAAUAAAUUUGCCUGCAAUAGAUCAACGCAAAGAAAUUCCAGGGUUAUAUUCAAUAGUUGUGCCGACCGGAUGGAAAAUAGUAGAUUCAAAUGGAAAUUUACUACCGAUAUCUCACAUCAAAAUUUCUGAUGGAAAAAUUGUUGUGGGUCUUGCUCCUUCAAUAAUAAAAUCUUUUUUGUCACGAGCCAGAAAGGACUUUUCGAAGGACUUUCGAAGAUUACAGGAGGCCAAACUAUACGCAGCUCGAAAAAGGCGACAGGUUAAUUUUGAUGCAUCAAUACCUCCCAGGUCUAUUAAUGCUAAGCUCACUUUGGAGCCGUUGCCGAACCAAAGGAUUGUUGGAAUAGGCACUGGAUCAGUAUCACUUGAUGAAAGACAACCUAUAUCUUCCGACGGAACUAGGAAUUACAAGCCUGCGACAGUUACUGGAAGUCGUAGUGACGUAAACUGGUCUGGUAAAACAAUGACAGUUAAUGGCAAGCGAAUCGCAGUAGGGCCUGGAACUUUUACUUUCGGCAACUCGCCACAAGGCCCUAUUUUCAAAAGAAUCAAUUAA